GCUUUGUAUUUACAAACAAAUCAAGUCUCGUUUUUCAAAUAUUAUUUUGCAGUACUGUUGAACUCGUUCUACUCUGACUGGAUUGAUGCAUUACUUUUAAUUCGUGCUAUUUAUAGGAAAUCAACUUAAAAUGGCAUGUCCUCAUACGGAAUACGCACUGGACAUGGACGUAGAAAAUAUGUGCCGUAUUUGCCUGUCGCAAACUGAUGCCAGUGAGCGAUUGUUUCACAUCUUUUCCUCUGCGAUUGUGGAUGGAUUCCUGGUCGCUAUCCCAGAUGUAUUGCAGUUUUGUGUGAAUCUAACGGUGUCCAAGUCCGAUGGGAAGCCUUGCAAGAUUUGCCAGAAAUGCAAAAGCCAGUUACUGGAAUUUUACCUAUUCAAACAAAAAUGUCAACGCACCGACAAAGUACUUCAAGAAGCUCUUGGAUCACCGAUUAAACAAAAUGAUUCUGAUUUACUAUUAGCUAGCCUAAGAUCACCUAGUGUUUCCGAUGAUAACAUUAUGGUCGAAAUACUCGAGAGCAGUACAAAUUGCGAAGAUACCGCCCUUGAUGAACCCAAUACCAUUGGGAUGCCAGAACAAACUGAAAAUCAGUGUCAUCUAUGUGACCAAAUUUUUCAAACCGAAAAGGAUCUUCAGGAUCACGCUGUGGUUCAUUGUUCAAUGAUAUCUGAUCAGGAUCAGGAAAGUUUUAUCGAUGAUGGACAUUAUCCCGAAUAUGAUGAGACUGAGGUAGAUGACAAAAGUACCGUGGCUGGAACACAUAAUGGAGAUGAAACAUCGGUUGAAACGGAACAUUCUGCUAUAGUUAAUGAAGAAGAUGCCUAUUACAUAGCAGAUGAUUUAAAGAUGCAGAGACACAUGUCGGUCGAAAAACUAUUGAACGAUCAAAGUAAGGAUACAUCAGUUGAUCCAAGCCAUGAAGAACAGGAUGAUGAAAGUAUUGCUACAAUAGUAGCAGAGAAUGAUGAACCAGUUGAAGUCAAAUCAAUUCAGAGUCAAAAUGACAUUACCUCUUGUACAGAAAAAUCACUGGAAGUUCAUUUACGAUGUAAUAUUUGCGGGAAAACAGUCAAAGGGCGUUCACGUUACUUCAAACACCUACGAACUCACGAUGUUAGUACAAAUGUAACGGAAUUCUUAAACUAUCACAUUUGUAGUAUUUGCUUGCAAGUUUUUCUUCAUGAAUCUGAGUACACAGAUCACUUGAAAUCGGCAGAUCAUUAUCACCAAACCGACAGCCUUCCACUAAACGGCGAAGAAGCAUCUUACAUUUGUGGAGUAUGCUCGGCAAAAUACUCAAGAAUUGAUUACGUCAAGCAGCACCUCCUGUCGCAUCUUCGAUCGUUUCCAUGUCCUUUCGCCGGAUGUGGAUGUGAGUACACGUCUUCGGCUCGGCUCGGACUGCACAUAUCCAGCAAGCACAUUGAAUAUGAAACGUACCAAUGUCAGCACUGUGGAGAGAAAUCCUUCGUGUCGAAGGCCGAAUUGCAGCAGCACUUGAGAGUGGAGUGCAAUGGGAAAAAGUAUCACUGUGAUCACUGUGAUAAGAAAUUUUUGUCAUCGCGAUCCCUCGCACAUCAUUUGAAAUGUCUGGAGAAGAAACAUCGGUGCGGCGAAUGUGGCAAAACGUUCGCCCAACAUGGAGAGCUCAAAUUGCACGAACGGAUGCACAACGGCGAGCGGCCUUUCAAAUGUACGAUUUGUGGCAAGACCUAUAAAACUGCUUCGCUUCGGACGGCACAUAUGGAUUCCCAUAUUGACGGGAAAACGUUUCAGUGCCAAAUAUGUGGAAAACAAUUGCAAACUCGUACCUGUUAUCGGAAUCACAUCAAACGGCACUCAGAGGAAAGAAAGCAUGAGUGUGAUGUGUGUUCGAAAAUGUUUUAUACGAAGUACAACGUGAAAAUUCACAAGCAGAAGGUCCAUAAAUUGACACAGGGUGUCAAUCAGGAGAAGCUGGAUAAGCUAUAGUUUUUAAAUGUGUGAAAAAAAUCGAAAAAAAAAAUUACAUUCGCAUAACGAAACCUG